AGGAAGUCUUCUGGCCGCUAGUCGCGACCUCUUCCGGCCGCCGACGGGGAAUCCAUCGCCGCUGCCCGAGUCUCGCAGCUGCUUGGCUAGCAUGUAACGAGCGGUCAGCGAAUGGAAGAGAAGAAGAGAAAGGGAAGGGGCGGUGGUGGCGGGAGAGAACGCGUCCAAAAUAAUGAAUGAAGCACUCGCCGCAGCGCUCGGAUUGUGUCGUGUGGCGCGACGCGGCGAGUCUAGCGAUCGUACGCGCGGCGGCGGAGAAGGGAGAAAGAGGGGAGGGAACUCGCGGGCGCUGGGAUCGCUUCGCAUCGAGGAUUGUCGAGGGGAGAGAAGGGAAUCGAGAGAAAGAAAGAGAGAGAGAGGGAGAGAGAGAGAAAAGAGGGGAAUCAUCCAUCGGUCGUUCGUUCGCUUCGUCGUCUGCAACCAACGGCGGAUUGUCUGUGGUGUGUGGAAUACGAAGAGACGGUCGGCCGUUACCGUUCCGUUGUCUGGUCUUGGACUAGCGGAGUACAGUACAGUGAGUGAGUGACUGUUGGAUUUUUUUUCAUAGUCCUCGCCUUAUUUCCCCCGCCUGCAUGCCUUGAUCCUCUGUCGUUUGGGGUGCAACUCUCGAUAGAUCUACCUCAGCAACAGUCGCACAUUCGCCUCUGGAGCAGUGCCACUGUAUUGUCACAUCGAUAGUGACACACAGACAGCUACAACCGUGUGUCAUCGUCGCUUUGUGUGUCGUUGUUACAACCAAAUCUUUCGUUGUACGUUUGGAUACGCACAAGGAUUGGAUUUAUAUUGCAUUGUGUUCCAAGGAUUUUGCUUCCAUCGAUCAAUAUUCUUUUGCCGAUCUUAUUCUGAUACACCUGGUCUUUGUUGAGAUUCUAGAAUCUAGAGUCUAGAUUUUAGCUGUUCCAGAUCGGAUUUUUACUCACUUCUCUUGGAUUUACAUAAUAUUUUGUGAAUGGGGACACAACCAUGGAAUGUGGAUGACCGCUCGGGUGGCAGUGUGGUGACGUCACACUUCCUGGAAUUUUCUUUAGAGGUUUGACCAGGAGGACUUGAACCCUUACCUUAAGCACACGCGCAUGGUGUGAGCUUAAACUGCCUCUUGUGUCCUCUUGUUGGAAAUUUCUCACCCCGGAGUGAAAACACGACAACUGAAUUGGUUUUAUUUCGGCCCGCUGAAUACAUGUACAUUUUUUUGGCCGGUUGUUUUUAGUUUAGUUUUUGUGUUUCCUUAUUGAAUGUGUUUGAAAAUCGGAUCUUUAAACAAUGGAAGCCGAUUUUAGGUUCGAUGCUGUGGUGAAGUAUUCGAAGAAGGAUAAAAAGCGAAAAUGCGGGUUUGAAUUGGACGGUGAGAUGGGCUCUGAAACAAAUUCCAUGGAUAUGUCGACUGAGAUGAAAGAUAACACUUCUCGAAUUCAUCUUCAUCGUCGUCGAGACUUUCAUCUUCACCAUCAUCGCCGUCUCUCGGUGGAUGAGGAUUACAACAGCAGGAGUCGUCAUCAUCAUCAUCGCCAGUGUCAUCGAGUUUCUUAUCUGGGCGGUGAGACGACGAGGAGGUGGAGGAGAAGGAUGUGGUCCCCGCGGUCUGUUGGAUUAUUACUGUUCCUGGUCGCUGUGAUGUCGCCGGGACAUUCGGACGCACUCAACCUUG